AUGUCUGAUUGUGGAUCAGAUGGUGCCGUUAAUGAAGAUGAAACUUCAGGUUCCGGUUCCGGUUCGGGCUCAGGUGAUCAGGUAGCACAGGUAGGAGAUUCUGGAGGCUUUGCAGAUUUAUCAGAGCUUCCUGUGGAGGUGAGUGAGAGGAGACCGACCUGCUCACGAUGCUGUCGCCCGUUGAAGGUUUGCUUGUGCCCGUUUCUACCCGCCGAGCCGCUGGACGUCUCUACCUGCCUGUACAUCGUUCAGCAUCCUGCAGAGGAGAGUCGAGUGCUCCGUACGGUUCCUCUCCUCGCCGCCUGCCUACCUAAAGGCAAAUGCAAAGUUCUGAUUGGAAGGCGAUUUAACGAGGACAGACACCCGGAGAUCGCGGCGGUGUGCAGGGACAGACGCACCCUGGUCCUGUACCCCGGACCCGACGCCGUGAACCUGGAGGAUCUGGAGACGGACUUCACCGAGACGCCACACAACGUUAUCAUCAUAGACGGCACGUGGAGCCAAGCCAAGGACAUGUUCCUCAGGAACACACUCUUCCAUUUACCCAAACAGGUGCAGCUGAACAGCGCCCCCUCCAGUCAGUACGUGAUCCGCACCCAGCCCACCAACAUGUGCCUGUCCACUCUGGAAUGUGCUGCUGUGACUCUGUCCAUCAUGGAGAAGAACCAAGCCAUACAAGAGGUGCUGCUGAGGCCGCUGCGAGCUCUGUGUUCCUUCCAGCUGCAGCACGGCGCUCAGGUCCAUCACAGUAAAGAACAUCUGCUGAAGAACGGCCUGUACGACAAACCCCUGCCCAAAAACAAGCGCAAGAUCAAGAGGAUGCAGAAACUCAUCACCAACCAGGACGCCUGAGACUCUCACAGCUUCACCACACCGAACGCCUACUGACCCCCGUCCAGAGCUCCGGGUUUUAUUUCCAAAGUGGUUCUUACUGUAGUUCCUGGCCUACAAUCCAAAAAUCCUUAUUUUAUUCAGCGCUUUGAUCCACCGAUGUUCUGGUUUCUGUCUCCAGUGAACAGAGAGAAUUCUUCUCUAACACUAUAAUAUUUAUUUCCUCUUCAUUAUUUUCAUCUUAUCAGUCAUCGUUUACAAGCAGGUUCCUCUCAGCCUCCCGAACCGCAUCCUGCCUGCUACAUUCGGAGUGCACUAAUUAGUCUGUUUAGUGCAGCAGUGUGCGAUUUGGGACGCAGCCCAUCUCGACUGCAUCGUUCGUCUGAUCUCCAGCUUUGUGAGGCGCGACUGACUGACAAAAUUCGAACUGGUUUCAUUCGCAGCCGAAAUCUUUCGUUCGGUUCUCCAGUCGUUCCCACUGGAGACGAGUUUGACUCGGCCAGACGAUUAGAACAGACACUUCGUUUCACUUCUUUUGUUGUGUUAUUUAUUCCUUUUUUAAACGUUUCCCCUUUAUUUCCACCCGGUCCAUUCAUCUCCACCUGGAGCUUAUUCCUCUCCCAUCAUAAGUCGUCACGCGUGCAGCCACGAGUCGCUUCUUUUCACCUGCUAGGAGCAGAGAGCCACGCACUGCCAUCCGUACAGUGUAUUCGUCCGUGAGCUGUUUUGACAUCAGACGAUCUCGAACAAUCUGCUCUGAUCUUCUAAUACUGUGACUUUAAUAAUUCUCAUUAUUAUUAUUAUUAUUAUUAUUAUUAUUAUUACACAGACGUUACAAAAGACUGAUUGUAAUUUUAAACUUCUAGACUGGAAUUUUAUUUUUGCUGGUACUUUUACUGGAAUAAAUUAUUUUAUAA